UGUUAAAGUUUUAUCAUGAGAUGGCAGCAAUUCAGCCACACGUCUUCAGGCUUCACUUCUAAUUCUCGUUCUCUUGCUAUUUCCAUCACAUGUGCAGUUACUUCCUCCACUGACGUCUUGAACCCCUCAGAGUCAUCCAUGAGGGCUGGAAUCACCUCCCAAACUCCUGUUAAGUUGCUAUGUUGACCUCUUCCCAUGAAUCACAAAUGUUCUAGAAUGUGAAAGGCAAAGAACAAGACAAGACCUCAGAUGCCAAGUCAGUUAAAGCCUCAGUACCCGUACAUUCCCCACAAAGAAACACUAAAAAUCAUGCCUUGCUGGAGGCUGCAGGACCAAGUCAUGUUGCAAUCAAUGCCAUUUCUGCCAACAUGGACUCCUCAAGUAGCAGGACAGCAACACUUAAGAAGCAGCCAAGCCACAUGGAGGCCGCUCAUUUUGGUGACUUGGGCAGGUCUUGUCUGGACUACCAGAUUCAAGAGGCCAAAUCAAGUCUUUCAAAGACUCUCGAACAAGUCUUGCAUGACACUAUUGUCCUCCCUUAUUUCAUUCAGUUCAUGGAACUUCGGAGAAUGGAGCAUUUGGUUAAGUUUUGGUUAGAAGCUGAAAGUUUUCACUCUACAACUUGGUCCCGAAUAAGAGCACACAGUCUGAACACAGUGAAGCAGAGCUCAUUGGUCGAGCCUGUCUCUCCAUCUAAAAAGCAAGAAACUGUAGCACCUUUUCUAACCGAGUCUCUUGACAAGAGAUUAGAGGAUUCUAGCUCAGCCCAACUUCUUGUGACUCAGUCAGAAGGAAUUGACCUGAAUAAUAGAACUAGGAACACCCAGAAUCACUUGCUCCUUUCCGAGGAAUGUGACAGUGCCCAUUCUCUCCAUCUUGAAAUGGCCAGAAGAGAAGCUCAUCAAGUUUCCAUGGAAACCCAAGAAUCCUCCUCCAGACUUACAGUAGCCAGUAGAAAUAGUCUCUCUUCUCCACUGAAGGAAUUAUCAGGAAAACUAAUGAAAAGUAUAGAACAAGAUGCAGUGACUACUUUUACCAAGUAUAUAUCUCCAGAUGCUGCUAAACCUAUACCAAUUACAGAAGCAAUGAGAAAUGAUAUCAUAGCAAAGAUUUGUGGAGAAGAUGGACAGGUCGAUCCCAACUGUUUUGUUUUGGCGCAGUCCAUAGUCUUCAGUGCAAUGGAGCAAGAGCACUUUAGUGAGUUUCUGCGAAGUCACCAUUUCUGUAAAUACCAGAUUGAAGUGCUGACCAGUGGAACUGUUUACCUGGCUGACAUUCUCUUCUGUGAGUCAGCACUCUUUUAUUUCUCUGAGUACAUGGAGAAAGAAGAUGCAGUGAAUAUCUUGCAGUUCUGGUUGGCAGCAGACAACUUCCAGUCUCAGCUCGCUGCCAAAAAGGGCCAGUACGAUGGGCAGGAAGCACAGAACGAUGCCAUGAUUUUAUAUGACAGGUACUUCUCCCUGCAGGCCACACAUCCUCUUGGAUUUGAUGAUGUUGUAAGAUUAGAAAUUGAAUCUAAUAUCUGCAGGGAAGGUGGGCCACUCCCCAACUGUUUUACAACUCCAUUACGUCAGGCCUGGACAACCAUGGAGAAGGUGUUUUUGCCUGGCUUUCUGUCUAGCAACCUUUAUUAUAAAUAUUUGAAUGACCUCAUCCAUUCAGUUCGAGGGGAUGAAUUUCUGGGAGGGAGUGUUUCACUGACUGCUUAUGGCUCUGGUGGUGCUCCUGACGACGUGCACCAAGGUGGCUCCGACAGCUCCGCAGCUCAGUCCAAUGCGAAAAAAGCUAGUGUUAAAAUUCUGAAAAAUUUUGAUGAAGCAAUAAUUGUGGAUGCUGCAAGCCUGGAUCCAGAAUCUUUGUAUCAACGGACAUAUGCAGGGAAGAUGACAUUUGGAAGAGUCAGUGAUGUGGGGCAGUUCAUCCGAGAAUCUGAGCCUGAACCUGAUGUAAAGAAAUCAAAAGGAUCCAUGUUCUCACAAGCUAUGAAGAAAUGGGUGCAAGGAAAUUCUGAUGAGGCCCAAGAAGAGCUAGCUUGGAAAAUUGCUAAAAUGAUAGUUAGUGAUGUUAUGCAGCAGGCGCAACAUGAUCAACCGUUAGAGAAGUCUACAAAGGUAUGGAGACACCCAUCCCCAGGCUUUGAUGGACUCUGCACUGUAAAUCAGCUAUGAUGCAACACCCAAGAUAAAGGAAACCUGCUUUUGAAAAAUAAGAGAGUAUUUUCCCUUUGAUUGGACUCUUCACACAGCCAGUGAACACAGAGCCCUGUACUUCUUUCCUCUGGUGUAUCCCCACAAAGUGUGGCGACAAUCCUGGACUUCCACCAUCCACAGAGUGACAUGUAGACGUUUGCUGCACGUGAUGUUCACAGCGACAGUCAUAAAGAGACAGUGGUAUUGUUUACAUUACUAGAAAAUUAGUUUUCCAACGGCAAUAACCCAUUUAUGAGAGAGUUUUAGCCCACUGGAAUAGACAGGACCGCAUGCUGUGGCAGGCAGGUCUGCAGUGGUAACCACCCUUCACAGCAUCAGGAAGCGGGUACCAGAGGUGCUUUGCUUUGGCCUCUUGAGACCACGGGAGUCAGCCCCCCACGAGCUAGGCAGCGCGGUGCCGGCAGGUGGCUUUUCCUCAGUGGCACAGGGUGAAGGCUCUAUGCAGUCUGCCUUCACAGGGCAUUAAUUUAGAAGGAAGCAGAUAUGUCACAGGUCAAGUCUGAGUGGCAUUGUCCUUCCUUUUGGGGACAGUAUACAAUUUUCACAUUUUAAUGGCUCCUGAGGUGCAGUGUACUUGAAGCUGGUCUUUCCCCUGCUAACCAAAGGGUGGGUUUCCUGUCCUUGGAGCAUUGGAACUUGCUCCUUGGGAUGCUAUGCUCUGGGUCCUUUAACUUCCUUUCAGAAUACAUAGCGAUCACUCCAGUGUUCCCCUGUGGUACCUUGAACAAUGUUUAUUCCCAGGUUGUAUGAUGUUUUUUGAAGAAGGUGAGAAGGCAGGGGGUGGGGGGAGGAGAUGCACUCAGUUUUAAUUGCCUCCCCUUUCUUAGCUCUGAGCUGGAACAUGUGCAGUGGGUGGCCUUUUCCUUCCUGUCUUUAGGACAGUAAGAGACUCCUCGCUGCACUUCUGCUCAGUGGACUCCUGGGGUGCACUGCGCUGCCAUCAGCAGGGCUGCCACACUGGCCAGCGGACACCACUGCUCCCCACAUGUGACUUCUUGAGGUGAGGGAGUGUUCUUAAGUGGGACUGCUUUUGCUCAGACUUUGCAAAAAUAUAUAUAUAUAUUUAAAUAUAUAUAAUUAUUAAUCACCUCUGUCCUUGAGAAAUCUUGAAUGAAUAGAGAGUUUAUUCCUUUGCAAUAUUUGAUUGUAUAGAGAGAGGCACACUGUUCAGCGUCAGAAGAAGCAGGAAGGCUGUGUAUAAGUUUUUGGUACCAUGUACCACCUCUGUUAUUCUAGAGCUGAGUAUUCAUGUACUUAAACCAUAUUCUAUUUAAUUGUGUUUGAUUUUAAAUAUAUAUAUGAAUUAUAUUUAAAAUUGUGUCAACUUUCUGCUUUCAGGGCAUUUAUAGCUCUUCUAUUAAAAUUGUUGACUCUUCCAAAUAUUUCCAUUUGCUUUACAAAAACCCAGAACAUGAGCCACCACUGGACUUGACCUGUGUUUGACGUGUAUGGCAUAGACCUGAAAUUUUAUGAGGUGUAUGUUGUGUGACUAAUUCAUUUUGUUCUUUUAACAAAAUAUUUCCGUUUGUUUCUCUUUGCUUCAAUCUCUAAAUCACAGAAAAGCCAUAAAGGUCACAGAAUAAAGUGUGGUUUUUGGGUGA